UUUUAUUCUAUUUUUUAUGGUAAGACCUCUAUCGACGCCUCUGUGCGACCAAGGGGUCUGUCCACUAUGGAUUUCCUCAAGUCUGCUGUGGCAUCUGCCAUUGCCAAGGGCCCUGCAUUCCCAUAUACCUUUGGAGAUAUUGUCGACGUCGACCAGUCCAUCUGGACCUUGCAUAAUGGCACCCGGCGAGAAGACGGUUCCAACUGCAGUAUCUUCUCGUUCGACAUCAACGCCAACCGCUCCCUCCUUCCCCUUGCGAAGAAUGCCCUCAAGAAGCUGCGCACAUUACGGCACCCCGGUGUGAUCAAGGUGCUGGACACGGUCGAGACCGACACGUAUAUCUACAUUGCCACAGAGCGCCUGGUGCCCCUGCGCUGGCAUGUCAAACGGAAAAGCUUGAGUCCCGAGACUUUAAAAUGGGGCAUAUAUACAGUCGCGCGAACUGUCAAAUUCAUCAACGACGAGGCUUCUUCUAUCCAUGGCAACGUGAGGGUUGGUUCCGUAUACACAUCAGAAAGCGGAGAAUGGAAACUGGGAGGCUUCGAGAUCCUGAGCAACGUCAAAGACGAUGAUGCCAUCAUAUAUAACUAUGGUAGUCUGAUACCCGACUCGGCGCGAUACUCGCCACCUGAACUUCGAUCCGGUUGGGAUGCCAUCAAGAGAGCUCCUCACUCUGCCGUUGAUUCCUUCAACACCGGUAUCCUCAUCUUCGAAUCAUUUAAUGGGGAUUACUCAGGUCCGGAACAAGCUGGUCAGACGAAGAAUGUACCACCGAGCAUGCACGCGAGCUAUAAGCGCCUGGUCAAUGCCAGCCCAAAGUCACGACUGAGUGUGGCCCAUUUCAUAGAACAGGGCUCUCGCCGCGGCUCGUUCUUUGACACGCCACUUAUAAAAUUGACUGAUGGAGUUGACAGCCUUGGUAUUAAAUCUGCCGAAGAGCGCGAAGCUUUCCUCGAUGAUCUUGAUCAAUUGACGGACGACUUCCCUGAAGAUUUCUUCAAGGAAAAGGUUCUGCCAGAGCUGCUCAAAUCUGUCGAAUUUGGUGGUGGAGGCGCCAAGGCUUUCGGCGUCGUCAUGAAGAUUGCGACCAAGCUCUCUGAUGAUGACUUCGAUACAAAGAUUACGCCCGUGGUAAUUCGCCUCUUUCAGAAUCCCGACAGAGCCAUCCGCGUCUGUCUGCUUGACAACCUGCCUUCGAUGAUCGAUAGAUUGUCGCAGAAGAUCGUCAACGACAAGAUAUUCCCAAACCUAGUGUCCGGGUUUACGGAUCUGGCUCCUGUCGUCAGAGAACAGACACUCAAGUCUGUCCUCACAAUAGUCGGGAAGCUAUCCGACCGCACUAUCAACGGAGAGCUUCUGAAAUGUCUUGCCAAGACUGCAAAUGACGAGCAGCCUGGCAUUCGUACGAAUACGACCAUAUGCCUUGGCAAGAUUGCAAAGAACCUGGGCACAUCUUCAAGAAGCAAGGUCCUCAUUGCUGCCUUCACUCGCUCUAUACGCGACCCUUUCGUCCAUGCAAGAAAUGCCUCUCUCAUGGCUCUUGCCGUCACGGGCGACUGCUUUAGUGACGAAGACUGCGCGUUGAGGAUCUUGCCAGCAAUCUGCCCACUACUCAUAGACAAGGAGAAGCUUAUUCGAGAUCAAGCUGUCAAGACGAUGGAUGUGUACGUAGGGAAAAUCAAGAAGGCCGCUUCUGACAUGCCCGACACUGCGCUUCCACCGCAGCAGCUGGGCGCGAACGCGCCACGCAUGAGCACCCCCGUGGGGACUGAGUCGUCUGCUCCAUCCUGGGCUGGAUGGGCUAUCUCCUCAUUUACCAACAAAAUGUCGCAAGCUGCAGGCGAAAUUCAGCCGACAUCGUCCAACAGCCCGACACCUGCGCCAGAUGCGAAACGUCCUGCACCAGUGACAACUUCUUCAGCAUCCACUCUCCACCGGCAAGCAAUGAAAUCACCCACGUUUCCCGCAGCCUCGAGACCAUCGUCGAGCAGCAAUGCCGGAGGCGAGACCUUCUUCGCCGAUUCUGUGCCAGCGGAUGACGCUUGGGGCGACACCGGCGAUGACGCAUGGGGCGAUGAUACUGAUACCGCUAAUGCCUGGGGAGACAUGGAGGAUAUGGACGACGACAACACGGGUGCUGCAUCAAUGACUUCGUCCACAACGCUUUCGGCACCCAAGAAGGAUCUACCGACCCGCAAUAUCAGCAGCAGGGGCAGCGGGAGCGGAAGCGCAAAGCCGUUUGGCGGUGAUGACGAUGAGCCAGACUUUGCAGGGUGGCUGGCUGCGCAGUCCAAAUCAAAGAGUGCAACCAAGCCACUGCCAAAAGGGCUCAGCAAGUCGAAUGGCAAGACCACAACAACUGCUACAACAAAGAAGCCUGCCCCCAAACCAGCUGCUAAACCAGCUGCCAAAGUUGCGCCGGCGAAGAAGAUUGAUAUGAAGCCCAAAGAGUCGGAGGAGGAUGGCUGGGGUGAUGCGUGGUAGCGGUGAAGGCAACAGGCCCGGGCAUCUGAAUCUAUAAUGUGUUAUUACAUCGUCUGGAAGUUCUUAGGCGAGCGUCUCUUUGCAUAAUAUGUGGUAAGGCGUUCUGGGGACUUGGAUAACAAUGGGAUGGCUGAUAGUAUCCUAUCUGAAUAGGAUAGGAUGGUGACAUUGGAUAGAACGUUUUGCUGGCAUACACGAUGUCCAAGGAUGCGGACAUAUCACAAAAUUGCAACAAGGCAAAGUCAAAGUAAUUUCC